AUAACAUAAUUUAAGCAAGAAAACACGAGUUAAACCUGACUCUUAAUUAAUUGUUUGAUCUUCACUUUUUGUUGUUAUACAUAGUGGUGUGUGAAUCAUGAGAAACACAUAGUGGAAGUACUAGCCUCAAAAUUGUUUUGAUCGAUUUACACACAAAAGAAAUAACAACAUGGAGUUCCUAAUUAAACUCAUCACUUUUCUACUCUUCUUAAUGCCUUCAAUCACUUCCUCACAAUAUAUAAGAAACAACAUAUUCAACAAUCGAAAAAUAUUCGCCAAACAAGAAACAAUUUCCUCUUACGCUGUCGUUUUUGACGCCGGUAGCACUGGUAGCCGUAUCCAUGUCUACCUUUUUGAUCAGAACUUAGAUCUUCUUCACAUUGGCAAAGCUGUUGAGUUUUUUAAUAAGACAACACCUGGUUUGAGUGCAUACGAAAAUAAUCCAGAACAAGCUGCAAAAUCAUUGAUUCCACUUUUGGAGCAAGCAGAAAGAGUGGUUCCUAAGGACCUUCAUCGCAAGACACCAGUUAGACUUGGGGCAACAGCAGGUUUAAGGCUUCUGAAUGGGGAUGCUUCCGAAAAGAUACUGCAAGCGGUAAGGAAUAUGCUGAGCAACAGAAGUACCUUCAAUGUCCAACCUGAUGCAGUUUCUAUUAUUGAUGGAACCCAAGAAGGUUCUUAUUUAUGGGUGACAGUUAACUAUUUAUUGGGGAAUUUGGGAAAAAAGUACACAAAAACAGUGGGAGUAAUGGAUCUUGGAGGUGGAUCAGUUCAAAUGGCAUAUGCAGUCUCAAAGAAAACAGCAAAAAAUGCUCCAAAAGUUGCAGAUGGAGAUGAUCCAUACAUUAAGAAGAUUGUACUCAAGGGAAAACCAUAUGAUCUCUACGUUCACAGUUACUUACACUUUGGUAGAGAAGCAUCUCGAGCAGAGAUUUUGAAAGUCACUCAUAAUUCUCCUAACCCUUGCAUUUUAGCUGGAUUUGAUGGGACCUACACAUAUUCAGGAGAAGAGUUUAAGGCCACUGCCCCUGCUUCAGGGGCCAAUUUUAAAGAAUGCAAAAAGAUAAUUCGUAAAGCUCUUAAAUUGAAUUAUCCAUGUCCCUAUCAAAAUUGCACUUUUGGUGGAAUUUGGAAUGGUGGAAGGGGAAGUGGACAGAAACAUCUCUUUGCUUCUUCAUCUUUCUAUUACUUACCAGAAGAUGCUGGUUUGAUUGAUGCAAAUAUACCUAAUUUCCAAAUUCGUCCUGUGGAUCUUGAGAUUGAAGCUAAGAAAGCUUGUGCAUUAAAUUUUGAAGAUGCUAAAUCAACUUAUCCACUUCUUGAGAAGAGAAAUAUAGUUUCAUAUGUAUGCAUGGAUUUUAUAUAUCAAUAUGUGCUGCUUGUUGAUGGAUUUGGUCUAGAUCCAUUGCAAGAGAUUACAUCAGGGAAGGAAAUUGAAUAUGAAAAUGCAGUUGUGGAAGCUGCAUGGCCUCUAGGCAAUGCUGUAGAAGCCAUAUCAUCUUUACCUAAAUUUGAAAGAAUGAUGUAUUUUGUGUAAGCUUUUAGAUAUAGCUAUAAGAUAUUGCUAAAUGCAGGUGUGGAAGUGUGACGGAUUAAGAUUUGCUGCUGUAGAAAAAUCACACAGUUUCACACUGUGUUUGAUCUCAGCCGUCAAUGUCAGAUCGAACGGUUUAUAUUAAAACUGUGUCUUUUCAGUAAUAUUGAUCAUAUCCGUUGAUUUUUGAUCGAACGGCAGAAAUCAAUUACUGCGUGUAACAGCGUGAUAAUCUGACAGCAGGGAAUCUUUUUCCGAAGUGUGACAUCUUUUUUCUAUUGAGCUUGUCUAUUUCUAUUUAGUUUGUUUAUUUGAAAUAGAAGCCAUAUUAUAUUAUAUAUACCUUUAAUCAUGGAUCAAUCAUCACAUUUCAUUUUUUUUUUCCAAA